AGAAGGCCAAAGUCAAAACCCCCGACACCGUACCUGCGCUCACUAUAAUCCUUGGCUCUGAUGCUGUCGCAGCUCGCGAAACGGCAGAACGCCUUUUCCCCAUGCCUCCGGUACGCCACCUUCGCCACGGCCUCGCCGAGGCGGCGGCCGAAGUCCCCGCCGCUGGCCCUCAGGAAAUCGGAGGAGAAGUCGGAGUGGUGGAUUGUCGACGGCGAGAUGCACGAGAUUGGCGACAAUGUCCCCUCGCGUGAGCGGUUCGUUAUUCCCCGGGACAACAUCCCCAACCGGCGCCGGAAGCAGCUCAGGGAGCAGUUCAUGCGCCGUACUCGCCUAGUUCUCAAAGAAUCGGAGCACGAGCCCUGGUGCAAAAAGUACAUGGAGCUUUACAAUGAGCUCCGGGAGAACUGGGAGAGGUUGUACUGGGACGAGGGAUACUCCAAGAAAAUUGCCCAAGAUCAUGCCAAUUACGAAUCCGCUGAGGAUGAUGAUCAAGAUUUUUCUCCAUACAGGAGUCGACAGACAUAUACAGACCAACUGAAGGAGCAAGGAUUUGUUCGGAACAGGCAAGGUGCUGAUAACCGGGAAAAGGUUAACCAAAUCAGGGAUAAAUUUGAAUAUGACAGAGAAAAAAGAAUGAGGGAGAAAGCCUUUGCACCCAUGAAUGGACAAGUUGCUUCCGACUCGAGAGACUCAAAACCCUUGAACCGGCCAUUUGAUGCUCAAAGAUACUUCUCGGAUAGUGAAAAUGACUGAUAGAUCGAUGAACAUUAGUAGUUUGUUGGCGGUGGUUACCCUGCUGCAGCUCCCGAAAAACGCAGACAAUCGAGGUUCCUGCCUUCAAACUUGCAGCAGCUGUAGAAGCUCAUUCAUUUAGUACUUCCAAAUAGAGUUGUUUGUAAUCCUUCAGACUAAGUCCGUGGUUGGCUUCGGGAGUCUAGGCUCGACUUCGUAUAACAAUAUUGGUUAGCUGCAUAGGUGUUUUGAUAUAGACAACGAUCAUUAUGCUGGCCGCUGGAAUGUGGGUGAACAUUGUUGUUACAUGAUGCUCUUAGCAUAAGAUGGGACAUGCUUGAAGCAACUGUGUUUGAGUUGAGAGUUUUGGAGCGGCUCUUCAUGUGUUUCAGUGGAGGAACAAUGAUCUCCUUUAUUCUUAC